CAGUGUGUACAAGGAUGGAGAUGUGGCGAUUGGAGGACUUUUCUCCCUUUUUCUGUAUUUGUACUAUACAGAUAUCGUUUCACUAAAACCUCUGGAGGAGUCCAUUAUGGCGCUGCAUAUGCCCAACAGCUACCAGAAUAUGCUGGCCUUCGUAUUUGCCAUAGAAGAGAUCAACAAGAGUCCUCAUCUUCUACCCAACGUAUCUCUGGGAUAUGAGAUCCAUAAUUUCCUUUACAGUCACUGGAGGAUGCUGGAGAAUUCCCUCCUGUUGCUCACAGGACAGAAGGAGAUCCCUAAUUACUCCUGUGGGAGAGAGAGCAAGUCUGUAGCGGUGCUAUCAGGAACAUCGUGGGCAAUGUCUGCUCAAACUGGAACCCUGAUGGAGCUCUACAAGUUUCCACAGGUAACGUUCGGUUCUUUUGAUCCCAUAUUAAGAAACAGUGGACAGUUUCCUUCCCUCUAUCAGGUGGCCCCUAAGGAUACAUCCCUGGCCCUUGCUGUGGUUUCCUUGGUGCUUCAUUUCAAAUGGACCUGGGUGGGACUGGUCAUUAUGGAAGGCCAGAAAGGUCUCCAGUUUCUCUCGGAUGUGACAGGAGAGAUGGACAGGAAUAAAAUCUGUGCAGCCUUCGUGAAAAUGGUCUCAACCUCUCUUGUGUCCUAUGUGACCCUUUCAAAGGAACAUAAUAUCCUAGCUAAGGAGGCAUCGCAGGUAAAGGUGAUCAUCACUUACUAUGACACUGAUACUAUAAACGAUGUAAACUACAACAUAGAGCAAUACUUACUAACGGGCAAUGUCUGGGUCACAAACUCGCAAUGGCACGCUGACAUGACUGGGAGAACUUUCAUACUUAGCUCAUUCCAUGGGACCCUCAUUUUUUCCAACCACCGUGGGAAAAUCGCUGGUUUCAAAACUUUCGUCCAAGAAGCCAGUCCCUUCAAAUACCCAGAAGACUUUUACCUCACCAUGUUUUGGUUCGAGAAUUUCCGCUGCUCGUUCUCCGAGUCCGACUGCUCGCUGAAAGACUGUACACCCAAUGCCUCUCUGGCGUGGCUGCCUGUGAACCGUUUUGACCCAGCCAUGACCGAGUGGAGUCACAAUGUGUACAAUGCUGUGUACGCUGUGGCCCAUGCCUUCCAUGAGAUGCUUCUUCAGCAAGCACAGAGGCCACCAGUGGGAAACAAAGAAGUGAUGGAAUUUGCCCCGUGGCAGCUCCACACCUUCCUGAAGAGGCUCCAGUUUGACAGUCCUGCUGGAGACCAAGUGACGUUGGAUGACACCAGGAAACUGGAUGUAGAGUACGACAUUCUCAACUUUUGGAAUUUUCCAGAGGGCCUUAGGCUUAAGGUCAAAUUGGGAACAUUUACCCCACAUGGUCCCCUGGGCCAGCAGUUGUUUUUGUCUGAUGACAUGAUCGAGUGGGUCACAGGAAUUACACAAACUCCCCGCUCUGUCUGCAGUGAGAGUUGUCAUCCUGGAUUCAGGAAAUCCCCUCAGGAGGGAAGACCUGCCUGUUGUUUUGAUUGCACCCGUUGCCCAGAGAACGAGAUCACCAACGACACUGUAGAUAUGGAGCGGUGUGUGAAGUGUCCUGAUGAUCAGUAUGCCACAGUUCUGCAAAACCACUGCCUCCAAAAAUCCGUCACUUUUCUGGAUUAUGGAGACCCCAUGGGGAAGAUGCUGGCCGGCUCGGCCCUGAGUCUCACCGUCCUCACAGCUGCUGUUCUUGGGCUCUUCGUGAGGCACCGGGACACUGCCAUUGUCAAGGCCAACAACAGGGCUCUCAGCUACACCCUGCUCAUCUCCCUCACCUUCUGUUUCCUCUGCUCCUUGCUCUUCAUCGGCCGGCCCAACGCAGCCACCUGCAUCCUCAGGCAGACCACAUUUGGAGUUGUGUUCACUGUGGCUGUUUCCACCGUCCUGGCCAAAACGAUCACCGUGGUGCUGGCCUUUAAGGUCACCGCUCCAGGCAGGAGGAUGAGGCAGUGGCUGGUGUCAGGGGCACCUAACUCCAUCAUCCCCAUCUGCUCCCUGAUCCAACUCAUUCUCUGUGGAAUCUGGAUAGGCACAAAUCCACCCUUUAUCGACACAGAUGCACACUCGGAACAUGGCCACAUCAUCAUCAUGUGCAACAAGGGCUCCCUCGCUGCCUUCUACUGUGUCCUGGGAUACCUGGGCUCCCUGGCCCUGCUGAGCUUCACCGUGGCUUUCCUGGCCAGGAACCUGCCCGACACCUUCAAUGAAGCCAAGUUCCUGACCUUCAGCAUGCUGGUGUUCUGCAGUGUGUGGGUCACCUUCCUCCCCGUGUACCACAGCACCAAGGGGAAGGUCAUGGUGGCCGUGGAGGUCUUCUCCAUCUUGGCCUCCAGUGCGGGGCUGCUGGGCUGCAUCUUCGCUCCUAAAUGCUACACUAUUUUGUUAAGGCCAGAGAAAAAUUCUGUGCAUUCAUUCAGACAUAAAACACAUCUGAAGAGUAAGCAUACAGAAAGAAUAUCUUAAAAACAGAGUCAGAGGCAGCUCUUCACAAUUUAUGUGGUCAGAUAUCAGAUUACAUCAUGGGAUUUAUUUGAAUGAUCGACUGACUUGUGUUUCUAAUAGUCUUGAAACCAAUCACACCUGUAACUAUCACUCUUUUCAUCUGAAUUAUAUUCUGGAAUUUUUGU